CCGUGUCCGCUGUCCACACACAGGGCCAGCACGACAUGGAUGGCAGCAAAUGUCGACUUUCGAGCUGAGUAGAAUGACUGUCCCGACUUUCUCACCCCGAGGAAGGAGCCAUGCUCCUGUUUCUGUCGCUCCCGGUCCUGCUCCUCUGUGUGGGGGCAGUGUCCUGCUCAGAAAACGCCUGUGAGUGUGCCCAGAAGGCCUGCUCAGUGGUCACCUGCGGCAUCCCCGUCACCAACGGCACCCCAGGCAGAGACGGGCGAGAUGGACCCAAGGGAGAGAAGGGAGAGCCAGGCCAGGGGCUCAGAGGCUUGCAAGGCCCCCCAGGGAAGCAGGGGCCUCCAGGAAACACAGGGCUUCCUGGGAUUCCAGGACCACGGGGCCAAAAAGGCGACCAUGGAGACAGCUCAGUUGCCGAGAUGAAGCUGGCCAAUUUAGAGAGAGAGGUGAGGAGCCUGAAGUCAGAGCUGGACCGCGUCAAGAAGUUGCAGAGCUUCUCCUUGGGCAGAAAGUCUGGGAAGAAGUUCUAUGUGACCAACGGGGAGAAGGCGCCUUUUUCCAAAGUGAAGGCUCUCUGUGCCGAGCUCCAGGCCACUGUAGCUGCCCCCAAGAAUGAGGAAGAGAAUAAGGCCAUCCAGGACGUGGCCAAGGACACCGCCUUCCUGGGCAUCACAGACGAGGUGACCGAAGGCCAGUUCGUGUACGUGACCGGAGGGAGGCUGGCCUACAGCAACUGGAAGAAGGAUGAGCCCAACAACCACGGCUCCGGGGAGGACUGCGUGGUCCUGCUGAUUGACGGGCUCUGGAACGACAUCUCCUGCACUUCCUCCUUCCUGGCCGUCUGCGAGUUCUCUGCCUAGAGAGGGUUGCUCCUCGGGACCGCGGCUGCCAUAAAACGAUCCCUGCUGCUUCCCA